AUGCCGCCCCCUUCACUAAUCAGCCUCAUGCAGCUGGAUCGAGUCUCACGUGGUAGGUCCCACCUGAUCCAGCAGCCCCCCCUCGCGCUGAGUGUCAAGAAGGAGCCUACGCCGGAAAAAGCAGGAGUGAAGCUGCUCGUGGGGGCCUCUGUCUGCCUCACGUACGAGUUCGCCUUAGGGCACUACCUCGAGUUCAUCAAGAUCAUGAAGCAGACGAAGCCGCAGUUCUCCUAUUUGCACUUGACCAAGGAGAUCAUGCACGCGAAAGGACUUGUGGGUGUCUGGGACGGCUUUCUCCCGUGGGGAGCUCUCCAGGGAGUAGCUAAAGGAGCGGUCUUUGCUUGGGGCCACUCGGUCGCUCGCACGGGACUGAACCCUCUCAUUCGGAACGGAGCUGUGAGCAAAGACGCGUCGGAAGUCAUUGCAGGGGGCAUCGGGGGCGGGUUCCAGGGCUUUGUACUAAGUCCGACGCUGCUGCUCAAGACGCGCGUGAUGACGGACCCGAUCUUCCGCGAACACAUGACACCGCUCGAGACCGUGUCGCGCUCGAUGCGCAUUGGCUUCAAGGUCAUUCAGAAAGAGGGGGUGAUGGCGCUCAUGAAGGGGUCGGGCAUGUUCUCGCUCAAGCGCGUGGCUGACUGGUCCACGCGCUUCUUCUUCUCGGUACAGGCGGAAAACCUGCUGUACAAGCGGAAGAACCCCGACCGCGUGCUGCAAACGAGCGAGCAGGUGAUCUCGUCGCUACUUGGGGGAGUGGUCAGUGCUGCAGUGACGCUGCCGAUGGACGUGCUUGUCGCGCAGAUCCAACAGGCGUCGAAAGCUGGUCAAAAGGUGUCUGCCGUCGAACUCUUUCGACAGCAGUACCGUGCUGGUGGUAUCAACAAGGUGCUGGCAUUCGGUACAACGGGCUUUGUAGCCCGGUUCGUCCACGCGAGUUUCACGACAAUGAUCAUGAAGACGGCCACGAGUAUCGUGUACGACAUGGUCGAGGGUCGCAACUAG